AGAUACACAACAUAAGCUGCUGUCUGCUUUUUAAUGUAUGUAGGGGGGAUCAGCAUGUGCGUUUGUAUGUGUGUGACUUGUGGUAUCUAUUGUUGUCACUUCGAUUACUCCUAAAAGCCCUAGUCUGUCUUUCUUAGUGGCGUUUAGCAGCUUUUUUCAGGGUUUUGGGAAUCAGAGAUGCUACUUCCAUCACAAGUCAGGGGGAUAUGGAGGCUGACAGACAAGCUGCAGAGGAUUUGACAACAACAGAAACAACUGGUUCCUGAGGCCUGACUGAGCCCAGGAAUGGCCCUCAUUGAACUUAAAUGGAAUUUGUUCCAGGCCAAGGAUCUAGUCUGUGCACUGCUUGUCCUCCUAUGUCUGCACACAGCCACAGGAAUGUCAGGAUGGGGUGGAUGUUUGGAUGGUCAGGAUGUAUUUGCAACAAUCAGAGAAAAUAGCCCUUUUGGAGACGUUGUUGCUGAACUCAUGGCAGAGACUACAGUGGAGGGGAUUCACUGGAGCCUUGAUGGAAAGGAUGCUGAUUGGUUCUUCUUGGAUGAAAGAAACAUCCGGCUGAACACAUCAGCUGAUAAGGUCCUCGACCGAGAGGCUCAGGGUCCUGUCCUAGUGGCUGAGUUGUCAUGUUAUGAGGAGGACACACUUCAGAGUGUGUACAGGAUCAUGGUGGAGAUUCUCAAUGACAAUGACAAUUCCCCUGUGUUUGCAGAAGACACUGUCCAGUCUCUUAUACUCAGUGAGCUGACUCCAGUGAAUACUGUGGUCUUUACUGUCCAGGCCACUGACGCAGAUAACGACAAGAUUAUUUACUCCAUUGACCAGACAUCACCUGAUGCAGAGUACUUCAAGGUUGAUCUCCCCAACAGUGGAGAGGUGCUCCUGUCCAAGCCUCUAGACUAUGAGACCAAAACCCUGCUUACUAUUACCAUCCAUGCCUCAGAAAUGAACACAGGUGAGCACUUCAAUACCAGCACCAACAUCACCAUCACUGUCCUGGAUGGAGAUGACCAGUACCCACAGUUCCUGCCCUGCAUGCUGCUUUUCCAGGACGAGACCAGCCGCAUCUGCACCAGCCCUGUGUACACAGUCAAUGUCACAGAGGGGGAAGAGGACAUUGUGUUGGACUUCUCUCCUGGUCCCAUUCAUGCAGUGGACGGAGACAGAGGUCUCAGCUCUCCAGUCAGCUAUUCGAUUCUCUCAGGAGACGAUGAUGGGCGUUUUCUGAUGGACCGAAAGACAGGGGAGGUGAAACUGAUUCAGGGGUUUCGAGACAGACUCACAACUCCAACGCUGUAUCUACAGGUCAUGGCAUACCAGGACGAUGACCCCAGGAAGUAUUCUGUUGCUACAGUGUUGGUCCGAGUUCUGGCAGUGAACCAGUUUUAUCCAGAGUUUGAGAUGGCUGAAUAUCAAGGCUUCGUAAAUGCAGGAAGGAGCCCUGCCUCCCUGGUCAAUACCUAUGGCAGCAAAGCCUUGAUGCUACGUGUACAAGAUCAAGACUUCAGCCACGGUUUCAAUCCCAUGAUCUUCUUCACCUUCAGUCUGACAUCAAAUCACACAGACAUCUACCAAAUCACACAGGAGGGCUUUCUGAUCACCAGGACCAAUAAACUCAAACCAGAGCAGAAACAUGUUCUAGAGGUAAUGGCUUUAGACCAGGAGUCGGGUGAUGUCACCUUUGCUACUGUGGUAGUGGACGUGUUAUCUGAAGGACAAUCAAUUCCUUAUAGUCCACUGGGAGAUGACCGUAUCAUAGGCUGUACUGUGGGCAAAGCUUUGUUUCUGAGCAUGGUGUUCUUGACUGUACUUGGAACCAUCCUGUCCAUGGUGAUGUGGAUGAAAAAGAAACACAAGGGAAAGAGGAACCCACUGGAGAGAGGCUGUGUGGCCCAGGGCAAACACCCCAAUGUGAGCUUAAGGUGGUUCCAACUGCUGAGUCACCGUAACACCAUGCCACACAUGGAGGAAGUACCCUACAACAAUGAAGAAUAUGGAACCUACAAUCUUUCCUUCAGCUACCCAGACAAACCUGGCAUCUACACCCACCAAGACCUCCCGGCCUGCCGAGGACUCGUUCCACCAAGAACCACCGCUGCACCUGACACCAGCAUCAUCCCCGCUGAAACUGUGCACAGUCCUGUGAUCCUCAAUAAUAAUGUUUCUACACCAACCAAGAGCUCCUCUAGUUCACCCACCUUUCACCCAGCCACUGUGGAUGUGAGCCCCACACAUGUGACUCAAGAUGCUGCUCCUCCCAAAGAAAACCCUGGUUCACCACCUGACACAUCCCCAGAGCCUACUGAGGCACUACCCAACACCAGUCCUAGCCCUGCAACCCAUGAUGCCACUGACACCCCACCUUUCACCUAUCCUGAUUCACAACCUACACAAACAACCACCAAUGAUGACCCUGUUGACCCUGUCACCAGCCCCUCCUCUCAAUCCAGUAUUCCAUGCAGCCAUACCCGAAUUGCUUCAGCAGAAAUAGACAAACCCUUCUGCAAACCUCGUGUGAAAACACCCCCAUAUUCACCUUUACUGUCCUCACCCCCUCCUAAGCAGAUGGGCACACCCGCAACCACCCCAGACCAUGCACCUUUAAAAGCUAAACUGGUAAAUAUAGAUAUGUCUCCCCUUGAUAAACCUCUAGCAAAACCAGAGCAAACAUCCAUGAGUCUAAGCACAGAGGUAGACCAACCCUCCACAUCACCAGACCUAACAGAUCAAUCAGAACAUCCAGGUGGGGCUGCAGGUGCUGGCAGUCCAUCUCAGGACCGAAGACCUUCAACAAACUCAGGAAAUACGCAGGACUGCCGGGAGGUGGGGGUUGUGAAUGACGGUUUUCUGGGAGAUGAAGAUGCAGACAAGAACAGUGAGGGUGAGGAUGAGUUACAGCCAGAUGAAGAAGAGCUUCUGAGAGUGUUGGCUCGUUGUAAUCCCAUUUUUAUCACAUUUAGUAAGUGAUCUCUCUACAAUAUCGCAGGCACUGAGAGUGACGGGAUGGACGACAGAGAAUGGAGGAGGUAAGGUGAAGAUGGAUGACACGGACAGCCGACUGGGGACACAUCAUCAAGCAAGAAAGAAAGACUGCAGUCUGGUUCUGCUCGUGCUGUAGGCACUGCUGAGACAAGUAAGAAGACGGUAUGCAUACACAAGAUAUACAGCACAUGGGCCACAUAAAAGACGACAUUAUGUUCAUACACUGUAUACUAUAUAUGUAAAACUAAACAUUUAACAGCACACAGUUAUAAUAAAUACUGUUGCUCCAUUUAUACCAUAUAGUUGACUAGAUGACAGGUAAGAGUGACCUUGAAUGGACAAUGUACAGUGAAAAAACACUCAAAUUUAUCAGUAUAAAUUAUGAUAUUGAUUUUUCAAGGAUACAUCAUUCAUUCCAAAGUUAGUACAAAUAGAACAGCAUGAAUCAAUCAGCGAUUGUUUACGAAUAUAAUGAGAUUGUGUGUGUUUUCUUAAGGUAUAUCCACAUGAAACCACAUAGUGUAGAAAGCAAAACACCUACUUUGACAUCACAAGAGUUUAUAAUGUUUGACUGUUUAAAAGCAAAGCAGCGGUUUUGCACCCUGUGUGGUUCCCUGUAGAUUUAUACUUUAUAUUAAAAAACUCUCACAGUGUACUGCAGCAUUAAUUGUUUUGUUAUGCUUACUUUUCAAGCUGCCUCUGUUUUUCUUUGAGCAUAAGUAAAGUUAUUGUCUAACUGAA